GUGAAUAAGGUACAAGGAAAUCUAUUCGUUGGAAAUCAUUCCUGACUCAUGCCAGAUGUUUGGUGUAUACCGACUCUUGUUGUGUGAUAAUAUCAACUAAAUAAUUGGAGAUUCCCUUGUGAAAUCAAAGCGGAUUCUGAGUAAUAAGUGUUGAAAUUAUACAGAAAACCCCCAGACGUUUAAUCGCAAUUUGCCAUUUUGGAAAUUAUCUGAUUUAUUGGCGAAGGCAGCGAAACGUUUUCUUUUCUUGUGAGGCAGUUCAUGAAAUACAUGUACAGUGAUAAUAGUUUACUAAUCAAUCACAAACGGAAGCAUGUGAAAACUUGUGGAGUACACAACACAACUAUUGCCAUGCGAAAACUAGAGUAAUUGGACAUUGAUCUUGCAGGAACGUUCAUAAUGGAAGCUUUUAAACAGCUGCGAAGAAAAUUUGCGCAGUCUGCAGCAAACAGCAGCAGCAGCAGCACUGUCAAGAGCAGCAGCGUCAGCAGUAGCAGCACAACCAUCAGCAGCAGCAAGGUGACGGUAUGGAGUGAGAACGUUGUGGAGGCCCGGUCAGAGGUUAAAACACAGACCGAUCUGAGGCCCGUCAAGGAAGAAGAGAAAAGGGAAACUAAAGCCGAAAAACCUAAGGUGGUGCUGAAUAAAACCAAACCAGCUGAAAAGGAUGCUGCUCCGAAAGCUAAGCCACCCAUUGCAAAGAAGCCAAUUCACAAGACGGUGGAGAAAGGGCAGGUCCCUGCAUCCGACCGGAAGUCCAGUAUCACUGACGAGAAACUGCAAGAGCUACAGGAGACGUUUGUAAUAUUUGACAAGAACCGUGACGGGAUGAUCACCAAGGAGGAGCUAGGGGCCGUGUUGUUCGCUCUGGGACAGCGACCGACCGUCAUGGAGGUCCAGGCGCUUAUACGAUCUGUUGAUCUUGACCAGUCGGGCACCAUUGACUUUGACGAGUUUGUGAAGAUAUUUUCCGCCAAGCUUUCCAUCGACCCUGAGCAGGAGUUGCAUGAGGUCUUUGACAUCUUCGAUCAGAACAGUGACGGCUUCAUCUGCCCGGAUGAGCUUUAUGAGAUGCUCAAGAAACUCGGGGAACAUAUCACGCAGUCUGAAGCUAAAAAGAUGAUAAACGAAGCUGACCUCAACCGAGACGGGAAGGUGGAUUACAGAGAGUUUAAAGCGAUAUUGAACGCACGAUGAAUUAUCUUGAUUAAGAAGCGAGGAAUCCAAGUUGUUUCUUCAUCUGGUGAUUGUGCCGUUGAUACUUUUAAAGCUUCGUGUGUUUCACAUGAAGAACUGCUGUUGUUAUAGACUAGUUUCAGUUUGUAAAUCAUGUUUGCAAACAAGAGUCCUGUGAUCUUAAGCUUUAUUCAUAUUAUUUUAUAUGUACAGUGUUGUCGAGUGACACGAAAAGAAAAAAAGAAAAAAACAAAUAUUGAGUUCUGUGUAAGAGUCGCAUAUAUCUGUGUUUGUUUUCUUCAUGUUUUUUCUUGAAUAUGCACAGUCCAAAUCUAUAUUUUUUUCUGCGUAUGUUUUAUAUUAUAAAAUCUAACAUGUGUCAUAAACAAAAACAAGACCAUGUUUUUUAUUGUAUGAGUAUGCGAUUUUAUAGUGCUGCUGUAUAUUAUUUUGUCUUCUGUACUGUAAAAUAAAAUUAUGUAUCCUUGUGAAUAUGAUGUAAUAAAUCAGGCUAAAUUAUGGAUUAAACUA